AUGCCUACUCGCCGCUCGGGUAAAGGAUGUGGGAAUGGCGGUACGGUCCACGAGGACAUGACUGAGCUGGAUCCGCGAGAGGGUGGAAGCGGUAUUGACGACAUGCUAGGCGAGGACGAAGCUGACGAGGCUGUACGCUUGGACGUGGGACCGGGCACACUAGCUUCGCCUGGCUUGGUGUCUGGCUGCUUGGAGCUGCCGCCGGACGAAGUGAAGAUGGCCUUGAACAUGGCGCAGCAGAGUGAUGGCUGCGUGCGUUGGAAGCACCAGCUGGCGUAUGGGUAA